AUGUAUCAGGCGAGAGGUAGAGACUCACCUGAGGAAAGCCCUGAGGGAGAUGAGGAUGAUGAUGAAGAGGAGGACGAAGAUGACGAAGACGAUGAAGAUUACGAGGAGGAAGAUGAUUAUGACAAUGAGGAUGAGGAGGAAGAUGAGGAUGAUGAAGAUGACUAUGAAGAAGAGCAGGAAGGCGAAGAGGAGGAAGAGUGUGACGUUGCUGCAACUCUGGUCAAGGCAGAAGGAAUUGGAGCAGAGGAAGUGCCCAAAACGUCCAGUGCUGAAGCUGUUGAUAUUGUUGAUGAGGAUGAUCAAACUAUUCCCGGUAUUAAGGUCUCUGAUACUGUAGUAGCUGAUUCAGAACAUGUCGAUACAGCUGGAGAGAUGGGGGCUCCUAAGAAUGGUUUCAAUGCGGAGCACCAAGCCAAUGAGAGAAUUGUUCCUGAGAUUCUAUUUGGAACAUCAAACUAUGGUAUCCCAGCAACUCUAGAUGUAGAGGAGGACUGUGUGGUGUCAGCCAUCAGGGUAGAGUCCAGGUUUUCAGAUGAAGAGGACAGUUUAGGUUAUGAGCUAAAUGGGACAUCAGAUCAUAAGUUUGUUCCAGAGCCAGGUUUUCCGGCAGUGCCCAAGACUCCCCCACACAGCACAGGAGUUCUUCCAUCACAGAGAAACUUAGAUGAUUUUGAUGAUGAUGAAGAAGGGAUUGGUGAUGAAGAUGCACCUGCAGACUACUGGAGUGAUGAAGCAAAGCUUAUUGCUGAUGAAGAUAUCAGAGAAGCUUUAGAUCAUACCUCAACUCUUGGGGAGCCAAAAAACACGAGCACAGUUUCUCAUGGUGAAACGCAUAGGCCAAGUUCUUCAGACAAUUCCUUUGAUUCCAAAGAUGAUGAUGACAUUGAUAAACCAAAGGAUGUUGAGUCAGAUGAGUCAGUUCCUGUGUCAAUGAUUGAUGAUUGGCAGGAUGAAAAAGAGAUGGCAUUAUCCUGUCCCUUGUCGUGUGCCAUGAGUGACAAAGACAAAGAGAGAAGCGAAGACCCUGACAGCCAAUACCAAAAACUGCAAUAUGAUUUUGCCAGUGGUACUAUCAAAGUUCCUGAUGAGGGAAACGAUUCUGAAGAAAUUCUAGGAGAAGAGGACAUUGAGGGCAUUGGUGAGAACUAUGAUGUGAAAUCCGGUAGACUUCCAGUGACACCAAUAAAACAUAGUCUUGAGACUCGUAGAAUGUUUGGAAAUACUUCAAGUGAAGACAAGGCUGCCUCAGACCUUGAUUCCGAGGAUGACCCAACGCCUGAUGCCAUGAAUGCUGCUCACACUCCAAUAGAGGAUAUAGAUGAAAUCUCUGACGGACAAGGUGGACUUGACCAGGAGACUAUUGACCAGAAUGACCCUGGUGAAACUCAUGAGGACAAACCUGAGAAGGAUGAUGUGGAGCAACAGAGUACCCACAGCAAAGACCGUACUUAUAUCGCUGCUGUUCAGCAGCAUGAGUCUGACAUGAGCGAUGGAUUUUCAGAUCAAGAGGAAGAAUUGCCUCAAACAGACAUUGAUGAUGUUGAUGUUGAUUCGCCCUUCGAGGACGAGCCAGAGUACAUUGAAAGGGCAACGUUAGAGGUUAGAGACAAUGAAGACCCAGUCAAAGGCAUCAAUCUGCCUAUCAAAUGGGAAAAAGAUUCCACAGAGGAUGAAGAAGAUUAUGAUGAAGACAGAGGUGGUGAUGAAGAAGAUGAGGAAGAGAAAAGCUUCAAGGAGGUGAUGGGAAAGACAAAAUAUCAGACAGAAGAUGAGAAAUAUGAUUCCCUUGUUGAUGAUUCACCAGUCCCUGGAAGUCAAGACACCUCCAAAGAAAAACAAAGAGUUUUAAGAAAUGAUCAUAAUGAUGCCGACAAUGACAAUGUCCCAGAAAAGCCAGAGAAAAUCAAAAGGGAAACUCUGUCCAUCUUGACCAAGCUUGAACUGUCCAAAAAAGAUGCUGACAAAAAGACUGACAUAAUGGAGGAGCUUGGGUUGGUUGAUGUUGAUGAUCUUGAAGAUGCCUCUGAUUGGGACACGGCCAGCACCGCCAGCAGGAGAACCCUCCCCGGCCACGGAGUGCCUUCCCCCGGUGGCGAGGAGCUGAGGGAGGAGGCCUCUUCUCGAUCCCCCGUCCCUCUGCCGGCUGUCCAGGAGCAGGAGCCAGAUGCAUUAAUAGCGGAGAGGAGUGGUCUUGAGGAGAAGAGACCCGGAGAGACCCCUCCCAUUGGCCAGCCCGCGCUCCCUUACACCUCAAACCCAACCCCAGCCCUGUGCUCGGAAGAUGCUGCUCCAGAGAACAGAGACCCAGUCAGGACUGGGAAGCAACUACCAAACGUAACAGAGAACGUCGCAGUGUUGAAACCUAAUAACCCUCUGCAUGAGCCCUCGCCAGUGAAGCAAGAGAGCGAAAGCAGUCCAGAGCCCGAGGAGCAGGCACAGGAGGAGAAAGACGUUGCAUCAGAGUUAGACGUAAGUAACCCGUGCCACCUUGUCCCUGUCGGGUCCCAAACUGGGGAGGAGCAGGAGGAGGACAAAGAGAAAGAAGGGAGAUAUGUGGUUAGAGAAAGAGAGGGAGACGGUAAAGAGGAAGAGCCAGGCUGGGAGAAACGUUAUGGGAAGAUCUGGGUGGAGUUAGAGAAGAGGGAGGUUAAGUCCUCCUACAGGAACGUGGCGGCCGAACUGAAGCAGAUAUUUGGAAAACUUCCAGCUGAAUCCGCCUCUGACGAAACUACAGAAGAAGAAAAACAGGAGGAGAACGUAGAGAUAGUUGAAUCUCCCGCCAGAACCACUGAGGAAGAUUCGAGCAACGAAGAGGUGGGGGAGCCUAAUGUCUGUCUGUUGAGCAGGGCAAGGAGGAGUAGCAGCAAUGCAGUCCUGCUGACCAUUCUUGAGCAGAGGGGGUCCGGGCUGGAGGACUCUCUGACCGAGUCGGCUGACAACUCCCUAUGUGAAGACAGGACUCAGCAUGGUGACACCCCCGGGAGUCCCGACCUCUCCCCCAGUGCCGAGGACAGUGAGAUGGGGGACAUGGACCUCCUCUGUGGCAUUGAGCCAGAGAACAUUUCUGCUUUGCCUCAACUGUUUGGGGAAAUCGACAGAGAGCGAGAAGUAGACUACAAUGUCGAUGAUGUCACCAAGACUUUCACAGAUUGCAAUGCAGCCGCAGUGGAACUCAAAUCAGACAAUGUUCAUAUGGAUUUGUCCUUGAACAAAGGAGAGUCCAACCCUAGCCGAGACAAAGAUGCCACUACCAAACCAAAGCCUGCCGCAGAGGAACGUUGGCCAGGGCAAGUCCAACAGGGCGAUGAGACGAGCCCCUCCAUGUACGAAGAAGAACCCGAAGUGUGUCCCUCCCAGUCUCAGCCCUCCUCAUUGAGCAAUGUGUGUCCCCCAGCUCCUUUACUUCCCUCAGACGAAGAGCUGGAAAAGGACCUACAGCGGUUCAAGCACGAGGUGGGCGAAGACCAGACAAAGGCCAACAUGGAGGUGCUGCAAAAAUCAAGUGCCUCACGGGUUGCUGGAGGAUCAAUGAGCAGGCGAUGUGAACGUGAACGAGACAAAGAAGAAGAGGAGAAACCUGAGACCAGUUUAGGACACCCUAAAGUGUCACGCAGUGGAAAUGGAGCAACAGACAGUGAACAUCAGCUCAGAGCAACUGACCGUAUUACCCAAAGACAUGGGUUCAAAAGUCCAAAGAGGGCCCUGGAGGACCAACUACAUCAGCAGCAGAAGAAGGAGGAGGGGAGAGCUGUAUCUAACGAGGCCACCUUACAGUGUCCCUUUCUGGGGGGAGCCAGGCAUGGCCGAGCCCCCCAGGCAGCUAACCAUGUUAACGCAGGAGACCCCCUCUCAGUGUUUGACGAUAGUACUUUAAGUGAAGUGUCGGACGAUGAUGGAAGGGCUCUAUCUGCAUGGCAUCAGAAAGACAAGACUGCUGGCGAGAUUGAGAUGGCGGAGGACUUUGAUGAGCUCACACAGUCAUCGGACACGGCCACAUCUGACCUCGAAGACCCCACCUCUGGCUACCGUCACGCCUCUUUUCUCAUCAAACAGCUCGAUUCUGCCACUUUAGACUCUGUGAGCAUCGUGAAGCUCCAGAACAUGUUCCACGAGUAUGAGCGCACGAUCCAGAGGGAGCGGGGCCGCCAUGGGCACCUCUCUGACAAGGUGAGCCAGCUGGAGGUCGAGAAGCGCGAGCUGAUGGCCUCACUGGAGGAAAGCCGGGACAGCAAGCAGGCCCUGGAUCACCGGCAGCUUGAGCUGGACACGGACCUCAACAACUUUAAGUUCCAGCUGAAGCAGGAGCAGGAGAAGCACCGGAACGCCUCCAUGCUGUAUGACAAGAACCGGGAGAUGCUGCGGAGGAAGGAGGAGGAGCUACGGGCCGAGGCAGAGGAGAAGCACAAGGUGGAACUGGCCAUGAGGAACCUGGAGCUGGAGAUGAGGGCCAUCCUUAACAACAUGAAACAGUCGGAGGAGGACCGCAGCGAGACCCAGAGGCUGUUGACCCAGGAGCGAGGUGCCCGAGCUUUGUCGGAGACCCUCCUCAACAAUCAUCUCCGCAAGCAGCAGCAGAUCGAGGAGGAGAACAGGAGGACCAUCAGUAAGAGCAACGAGGCCCUGUCCCAGUUGACGGAGGCCACUGACCGAGAGAGGGAGCUGCUGCAGCAGAGCUCUGUGCUCCAGGACGAGCUGAGCUCCCUGAGAGCUGAGCUGGAGCGCUCCUGCUCCCACAGUCGCCAGGAGGAGUCCCGCCGCUCCGAGGAGAGCGAGGCUUUGAGGGAGCGCCUAGAGGACGCCCGGCGCGACCUCAAACUCAACGAGGAGGCGCUGGCCCAGACAGUCUACCAGUACACCAGCCAGGUGACCGCCGUCAAGGCCGAACUGGCUGUUGCUUCCACACGGCUGGAGCACGAGCGCCAGGUGAGGGAGCAGCUGGAAGCCGAAGGUGAGUCAGCGAGGACGCGGCUGACUGGGGCUCUUCAGGAGGCAGAGAGAUGCCAGGUGGCACGCGCUGACGCCGAAAGAGCUCUUCAUCGCGAGCGUGAGGGGCACCAGCGUGCCCAGGACAAGCUUACGGGCGAGGCAGCGAACAAACGCGAGGCGGUGGGUGGGCUGUCGCAGAAACUCGCUAAGGCAGAAUCACGUGCAAACGGCCUCGAAAAUGAGGUGCACCGUGUCACAAUGUCGCUUGCCGAGAUGGAGCAUGUGGUCGCCACGCUGCAGAGGGACAAGGAGCAAAUAGGGGGGCGAGUGAAGGAGCUUGAGGCAACUCUACAGACGGAGAGGGAGCAGGCUGGGAGAGUGUGCGCCCGGCAGGAGACGCUGCAGGAGAGGCUGGCGGCGGCACAGAGCGAGGCUAUGCUGCUGAGGCAACAGCUGGAGGAGGCCCAGAACAAAGGGAUGGCGAAGGAGAAGGCGGUGACGGACGCCCAGGAGCGCUUUGGCGACCUGCUGGCUAAGCUGCGCUCGGACGGGGAGGAGCGUGUGCAGCUGGUAGAGGAGAGGAGCAAGGAGCUGGCCACCAAGGCUGCCGACCUCCGCGACCAGGUCUACAAGCUGGAGGAGGAGAAGAACGACAGAGAGACCAGUUUGAGGCAGCUGCAGCAAGAACUCGCCGACUCACUGAAGAAGCUGUCGAUGAGCGAGGCUUCCCUGGAGGUGAACACACGCUACCGCAAUGACCUGGAGGAGGAGAAGGCGCGACUGCUCAAGGACAUGGACCGUCUUAAGGGGAAGCUGGAGGAGAGCGAGGACCAGUGCGUUCAGGCAGAGCGGCGCAUCAAAGCUCUGAAGAGCAGUCUAGAUGAGAAGGAGCGAGAGGUGGUCAUCGCCUCUCAGAAACUGCAGGAGGUGCUGUCUGCCUUUGCAGGCUCAGACACCACCAUUAAACAGCUGGAGGAGGCAGUGCAGAGAUUGGAGAUUGAGAAUGCCAGGCUGGAGGCAGCAGCAAAGCAGCAGACCAACAAGAUCGAGGCACUGCAGAAAGGAGUCCAAGACUCUGCCAUGCCAUCUGACUCUGCAGCAGGAGGAGGGGUCAGGAACCGUCUAGAGGACUUGGUGACUGGCCUGCAGUGCAGCAAGAUGACCCUGGAGGACCAGCUCAGUCAGGAGGUGCAGAAGCAAAGCAUGCUGUCCCAUAACGCCCAGGACUCCCAUGCGCUGUGGGAGGAGGAGCUGAAGAGCCGCUCCAAGCUGGGUCUGCGUCUGGCUGAGCUGGAGAAGGAGAAAGGAGAGCUCAGCAGCCAGAUGGAGUUAGAGAAGAAGAAGGCCAAGAAGAUAGGGGAGCAGAAAAAGUCAGUGGACACCAGAUUGGACCAGGAGAUGAAGAGAAACACAGAACUACAGAAAGAAAUGUACAGGCUGCGGACACUGGUGAAGACGGCUAAGAAGAAGCUGCGGGAGCAGGACGGUGCCGGGGCUGAGUUUGCAUCGCCCAUGAGCAGCAUGAGAGGGGAGAUGGGCCACAGACAGACUGAGGCUGACAUCAGCAGGAUCAGCAGGAUGAAGGACAAGGUGGAUGACCUGUCGGUGCAGCUGGAGAAGGAGGUGUCUCGCUGCAGCCAGCUGGAGAGGGUCAACGGGGAGCUCAAGGAGAAACUGACCUCCUUGAAGAGCCUGAGCCGCAGCAACGAGCGGCUCGAGCGUAGCAAGAGGCACCUGGAGGAGGAGUUGUUGGGCCUGCGGCGGCAGGUGGAGGCGGGGGUGAUGGACCAGACCCUGGUGGAUCAGUACCGACGAGACGCAGAGGAGAGGGCCCGCCAGGAGAUCAGACAGAAACUGGAGGAGGUCAACCUCUUCCUACAGACCCAGGCGGCGUCCCAGGAGGCGUUGGAGCAGAUCAAGGCAGCAAACGAGGCCAGCUUGCGCUCCACGCUGGAACAGCGCAUCCGGGAGCUGGAGGGCGAGCUGGGCAGAGCGCACUCCACACAGCACGACAGCAUGAGUCUGCGAGACUCCACCCGCACAGAGCUGGAUCGCUACCGGGAGCUCUACACUGAGGAGCUGCGUCUCCGCAAGGCCCUGGCUGUCAAACUAGAGAGACUACUUUCAAGGUCCAAUGAGCGGCUGGCGGAGGCCAACACCAAGCUGAUGAGCGAGCGCCACCGCAGCAAGUCCCUGAUAGCCAGCAGCAUUGUCAACGGCAGCCUGGGCGGGCCUCUGGACAUGGGCUCCCUGGGGUCGGUGGGGGCCUACGGGGCAACGCUGGGGCCCCUCAACAGGAGCCUGGGUGGGCCUCUCCUUAGCCCCCUGGGGGAUGGGGGUCAGAGCAGCAGGGUGGAGGCUUACCUGGCUAAGAUGCAGAAUGAAUUGGAGAGAAACAUAUCAAAGGAGUUGGACCAUGCGACAGCAGAGCUUGAGUGCUCUGCCCGGAUGUCUCCGGUGGGCUCUGCCUCAGGCUCCCCUACUAGCCUGGGUUGGGGUCUCAGUGUGGUGGAGGACCCGGUCAGCAGGGCCACACAGCAGUACCUGGAAGUGCUCAAGAAAAACUAUAUGAUUUGACCAACCCAUAGCAGGGCCAGGCAGCACUGGGCUACCCAAAGGGAGCCACAACUGUCCACUUUACCAUAACCUGGGUGGUGUUUAUUAGGGCACGCGGUGGGAAACGUUUUGCAAUGGAAGGCAAAAAAUGACGUUUUUAAGUCCAGGUAUUCCUUCCGUUUCAUUCUGUUUUCUCCCGUUUGGUGCUCUAAUGAACAUCAUCCUGGGCCUCAUCAAUGCAUGCUUAUAUAAAAAGAACAUGCACAUUGAGAAAAACACUAAAGGGUAAAGCCACUCCGCUAUAACACAUUCCCCCCCAAAAAUGUUUACUCUUUAUUCUACGUCUUUUAAGAACGGAAACAGACGUGAUGCACAUUAGACUUACAGUGCAUUCGAAAAGUAUUCAGACCACUUGACUUUUUCUACAUUUUGUUAAAUUACAGGCUUAUUCUAAAAAUGGAUUACAUCGACCCCCCCCCCCCCCCACAAUGCCCCAUCAUGACAAACCAACAACAGUUUUUUUAGAUAUGUAUUAAAAAUGUAAAACUGAAAUAUCACAUUUACAUAAGUAUUCAGACCCUUUAGUCAGUACUUUGUUGAAGCACCUUUAGCAGCGAUUAUGGCCUCGAACGCUACAAGCUUGGC